AUCAUAAACAAUUAUAAUUCAUAAUUAAAACGACACUCAAAAUUUUUAAAACGAGGGUAGAUAUACCCAAGUCGCUUCCACUUCAAAACCCUAAACUGGCCUCUUUGAUUUCACAUUCAGGCACCACAAUCCUCGCUCAACUCUUCUAUGGCGCUGAAGCGAAAGCCUGCUCGCGAAGAAGAGUCCUCCUCUGGCGAGGAAGAACGCGAAGAGCAACAAGCUGAUGAAUCUUCCGAAGAAGAAGAGGAGGAGGAGGAGGAGGAGGAGGAGGAAGAAGAAGUCGAAGAAGAGGAAGAGAAGGAGGAAGACGACGAAGAAGAGGACGAAUCGUCGUCAGAAGAAGAGGAAGAGCCGCAAGACGAGAAGUCGAAACGCGAGAGCAUUCGGAAACUCCUCGAACCAUUCAGUAAAGAUCAGCUCAUCGACAUUCUCAAAGAAGCCGCAGGCACCAACCGUUCUAUUGUCGAUGAUAUAAUCAAGUAUGCUGAUUCCGACUCCGUGCACCGUAAGAUCUUCGUCCAUGGCCUAGGUUGGGAUGCCACCAACGAAACCCUCAUUUCCGCCUUCAAGCAGUAUGGGCAGAUUGAAGAUUGCAAUGUUGUUGCCGACAAGGUCACCGGUCGGUCCAAGGGGUAUGGUUUCGUCCUUUUCAAGACCCGAGCUGGUGCUAAGAAAUCUCUGAAGCAGCCGCAGAAAAAGGUUGGGAAUCGGAUGGCUGCGUGCCAGCUGGCUGCGGCAGGGCCUGUGCCCAGCAAUACCUCUUCUGAUGCUAGCAGCCGGAAGCUUUACGUUGCUAAUGUUGGUCCUCAGAUUAGUGCUGAGAAACUUCGUGAAUUUUUUGCAAAAUAUGGCGAGAUUGACCAAGGGCCGUCCGGGUAUGAUAAGGUGACUGGGAAGUUCAGGGGAUUUGCGAUAAUUGUGUAUAAGACAGAAGAGGGCUUCAAGAAGGCAUUGGAAGAGCCAAACAAGAUGCUUGGAGGAUGUAAUUUACUUUGUUCUAGAGCGGCUGAUGGGGUGCGGACUAUGAAAGCGAAUCCGGUAGGGAUUGGCGGGUCGGGUACAGCCAAUGCGUCUGCUGGCACAGGUGGUGGUGCUGCAGUAGCACCAAGUAAUUUUGUGCUACCAACAUAUCCAAUGGGGUUGAACCAAGGAAUGGUUGGACAGAAUUUGAAUCCGGCUGCAGUGUUGAUGAGUCAGAAUCCUGGGAUGGGUGUCUUGAAUCCAAUGCUGAGUGCAGGUGCCUCCCUAAAUCAGACAGGGUUACCAACCUCAUAUGCGGGUGGAUUGUCUCAAUCUUUGAGUAGGAGUGGGACUACACCUCCCGUGGGAUUUGGUGCUGGUUUUGGUGUACAGCAGGGGAUUAAUAGUAUAAGCCCAAACAUGAUUGGUAGUUACGGGUCUCAGGCUGCUUUCCAAGGUUUGGGCGCAUACCAGAGCUCCCAAUUGGGUCAGUUGGGUCAAUCUUCUUCGACUGCAUCAGCUAGGGCUGGUAUUGGGUCACUUGGAGCUUUGCCGUCAUAUUUUGGGCACUAGGUUUGGAAGCCCACGCAUAGUAAUUGGAUGGGAUACGAAGAUGGCUUUGUAGGACGAUACAAGGAAGCUGAGCUAAUUUGAUGGAUUUCACUCCAAUCAUGCCCAUGAUAUGUAAUGGGAAAUUUAAAGGCAAGUGAUUCGAUGGAAGGGGAGCUUGGUUCCUGGAUUUAAAGUGUAUCAUUCAGGUUAGAUUGCAUUAAGGAACUAGUUAUUGCAUCUUUAGACUUACAGAUUGUGGAAGACAUUUUAUUGGACUCGUUAAACAAUCCCCUCUCUCUCUCUCUCUCUCUGAUGGUGUUCCCUAUUUCACUUGAGGAAUAGUCUGCAAAGCCAACUGAAAUGUCAUGUUGGGAGCAUAAAUUUUUAAGCAUUUGGAAAAAAUUCAAUAUAAUUUUAUAUUGCAUUUGAACUUGGGAAAAA